CGCACGGGCAGCGUCCACAGCGGAUUGGCCACGGAGCCUCGCGUGGCUGGGGGCGAAAGGGCAACGCACGAGGAACCUCAGAAGAUAGAAUGAUGCCGCCUUCCCGCGUGUGCUAUUGAUUAUGGUCGCAAGGAGCACCUGGUGUGCGUGGAAACCGACGCGAGAGCCCGGGCUCGAUGCUGCUGCCGCUGCGACGCCUCGUAAAGCCCCAGAGCUGAACCCCAGUGUGACGUGCACGCCCGUGUGCGCGUGCAUGUGAGAGGGUGACACAGACUGAGAGCACUGAGCGUCCGCGCUCACACAUGGCCUCCAUGCAGGACGGGCUGCACAUCACGGCUCCUCCCUACGGCAAAGUCCUGCUGCUGGGCGCCGUCGCCGCUGCCUCCGCCUUCGUCGUCACCAUCCUCAUCGUGGUCCUGUGCGUGGGCUGCCAGAGGAAGGGAAAGACACAGAAUGUCCCCGGGGAGAGUGGGAAGCACCGUCUCAUGGACAUGGUAGGUGUCGGCCAUGUUGCUGUGGUUUGUGUAUCAGCCCCGGGAAUUCUCAAGCAGUCCAAGCUGCGCUCCAUCAGUAAAUCUGACCCCUCAGAGAUGAACAAAGUGAACUGCAAUGGCAAAAGCAGGCAGCUCCCCCAGAUCCCCUCUGGGGCUGGAGAGGACGGAGAGCACACUUAUUCUGAAGUGGGCCGGGGAGCCUCCACUACACGUACUGACGAUGCCCUGUACGCCAUGGUAGGCAGAGCCGGGCAGACGGACACGCCCGCUCCUCCCGCCGUGCCCGCCAACACCCCGGCGCCUCCGGACCCGGACGGGGACGUGGAGGGGGGACUGACCGAGUCCGAGUCGCAGGUGGUGUCUCCUCCAGAGACGGCGGAGUACGCCGUGGUGCGGAAGCUGAGGAAAGCUGAGAAGGCCCCUCAGAAGAGGGACAGUGGCACAGACAUGGCAGAACCUCCAGCUCCUCCGAGACACGGCCCUCCAUCUCACCCCGCCCCUCCCCCUCCUCACACCCAGCACCCCCAGCACCCCCACCCCCAGCACCCCCACAGCACCAAGCUGCCCCGCAGAAACAUAGGCCUCGACACCUUUAAUGUGCCCUCCUUCCCAAAGGAAGUGAUGUUUAUGGGAAAUGGGGAGCAGUACAUCUGGAAGCCUCCAGAGGACGAUGACCUCCUGAUGCUCCAGAACAAAGCGCUGGGUCCACUGGCUCACACAGUGGAGCACAUACCUCCGUCUGCAGCAGCGGUGGCAGAAAUGUACUCUAAAGUGUGCAAGCCUGGAAAAAAGAAGAGAUCUAUGUCUCCUCCAGGGAAUCCUGGCUUCCGGACCUUGGGGCGUGGGGACCGGGACAGGGACGGGGGCUUUAGUGUCGUGGUCAAACCUCAGACAUGGGCCCCGCUGGAGGGCAAAGCCAUGGCGGGGCCCUUAGACGAGCACUGUUACGAGUCCAUCGGCACAGAGGAGUACGACCCCGCCUACGAGAACCUGGAGGGGGCGGGCUGGAGGCGAGAGAGACCCCCAAACACAUGUGCCACUCUGAGGCCCCGGAGGAAAAGGGCCCAGCAGCCUCUGCAGCAGCAGCAGCCCCCUCCGCCCCCGCCCACACAGCAGACACCCAAACUGCAGCACCUGCCCGCGCAGGCGCUGGUCCUGCCGGGGGAUAGUCUGUACGAAAGCAUCGGGGACCUCAAGGCGGGCUCCACCACCUCCAGCACCACCACCAUCUUCACCUUCAAUGACGGCAUGGAGAUGUACGUGACAGGGCUCUGAGUGACCGCUCUUCAUCACUGUUUACAUUCAGUCAUAACAUUUUUACUGGCCCAGAGCCGAGCGUCCAUCUGCUGACCUCCUCUGACCCGGGCUGAAUUCUAGAGUCCGAUCUGUAGACCUUAGACGAAUCCAAAGGUAAUGAAUAAUAAAUGAGCACAAGACCAUUGCAGAGUUCUCUGUAGGUAACAGUAGCACUUGAGUUUCACUGGGAAAUGUGUGCAAAGCACAACCGAUUCAAAGGCCCAAAUUCGUCCUCCAUUUUAGCGGGUAAUUGUUGUGUUCUUGAAGGUUCCUCUUUGGAGAGGCUGCACAUCUGUGUGACUCUUUAAGUAGCACUUAGGCCGUAAGCGCAGGCCUUCCCUGUAGUUGGUCAAGAUGUGAUUCAGGACAGAAGAUAAAUAUAUGAAUUAUUAAUCAAAUACUUGAAAGCUCAGGGACCAAGAGAAACAAUUAUGAAUAUUCUAUUAAAUGAAAAACUGCACACAUUUUGCAUUCCUCUUAAAACAAAUUUUGACCAUUUCCAUAUUUAAAAAGCCAAUCAAAGAUACAGCGUCUGUCAUGUUUUGUUUCAUUUGACAUGGACUGAACACUGUCUCCACUGCCGCCUGUAAAUGAGUGUUUUGGUUUGUUUCUGCACUUUGCCUGCUGCCAACUGCAUGCGAAAAAAUCUAAAAUCUAACAAAAAAAAAAAAUCACUGUCACGUGGUACCUAUAUAAAUGUUAUUUAUUUUGAAUAGUUGUUGGUGUUUCUUUUUUUUGUUCCACUUUUGGUUGUUUCUGGAGUGUGUUGCUUUAUUUUCCGUAGAGCACAGUAUCAGUUUGUUUGGAGACGUUCGUAGCACAGAAGGACCCGCCUCCUCCUCCUGUGAUACAAACUCGCUCAAAUCUAAAAGUUGAAUUCUUGGGAGAUCCAUGUGAGAUCCUGGAGACGGAGACAGUCCACCUAAACCAGUGUGUUUCAGCCCGUGCCAUCAUGUCUCAUCACCAUCCAUCCAACGAACGCUCCUCUCUUUGUUAUCAGUGUUAAAAUAUAGCAGCAUUGCAGAAAAAAAAAA